AAAAGAUCUCAGAAGAAUAAAAACAAGGCUGUCAGGAUGACGGUAUCGCGUAGCCAUUUCAGAGAUUGCUUACGUCGCCUUCAAUCCGCUCACCUGACGGCCGUGGGUUGCGGUUCCACCAUUACUGAACACCAUUUUCGACGGCAAUCCUCAACGUACAUUUAUAACGCAAGGGCAAUGGAAAACCAGGAGCAAGAGACUAUCCAGCUAAUUAUAGACACGGAUGUUGGUAUAGAUGAUGCUACCGCCAUCUUGGUUGCUCUGCAGCAUCCAAAAGCUGUUGUAAAGGCUUUCACAAUAGUUGACGGCAAUGUCGACAUGCGGCAGGCAGUAGAAAACUGUAAAACACUCCUCUCAGUAGCCCAUCGAAAGGAUAUUCCUAUUUACCCUGGAGCAGACGGUCCCCUCGUUCGUGGUAUUGUCAAAAAAGAGCUGUGGCCUGGUCACGGCACCGACGGGUUGGGAGGCAUCACGACUCAUGAGGAUUUGACAUUGCCUGGCGCACACGAUAUAAAGGAACAGAAGGAACACGCCGCGCUUGCGUUGAUUCGAAUGGUCAACGAGAACCCUGGUGUUUAUUCGAUUGUGGCCAUUGGACCAUUAACCAACAUAGCUAUCGCCAUCACGAUAGAUCCGACUUUUUUAACAAAAGUCAAGUCUGUUUACAUAAUGGGCGGAUGCUUGUUCGCAAAGGGUAAUGCCAAUCGAGCGGCCGAGUUCAACAUUCAUUGUGAUCCCGAGGCGGCCCACAUCGUUUUCCAUUCAUCAUCACAACUCUCCACCCCAUCCAACCCUCCCAAACUCACCCUGAUCACUUGGGAGCUAACGGUUGAACAUGGCUUCCCAUGGUCAUUCUUUGACUACUUGACUCAGACUGCGCCAGUCAAUGAAUACGGAAAAUUCUUGCGAACGGUCACAGGCUGUGCCGAGUCGCUUUCAAGAGCACAACACGAACUUCUUGCUGGUGGUCCUGGCCCCACCGUUCCGACCGCCGUACUAGUCAGCAAAGAGCAAUUGGGUGUCUCUACGGAUGCGGUUACGGGACAAAAGACAAGAAUUAGAACACAGCACGAGGAUUAUUUGUACGGCGCCAACUCGUUCUUGAUGCCGGACUUAUACGCACUGGUUGCACUUCUCGAUCCCUCGAGUGUUACCAGUUACAAAGAUUGGGACGUUCAAGUAGAGCUUCACGGACACCAUACAAGAGGAAUGACGCAUAUGGAUUGGUGGGGUGCUUCACCGGUGCCGGGGCCCAACGUGCGGGUUGUGCUCGCAAUGGAUAGGGAAAAGGUGAAAAUGAUGUUGGAAAAGUCAUUCAAGACUGGUUUCUAGACAAUCAUGUGGACGCCUAGAAUGCAUGUAAUGGUUGUCAGAACGGCCGAAUCUGGCGAUGUAAGUACAUCUGGGACUGUUGAACUGAUUUGCCAGAUAACGAUGUGCUUUAUGGACUCUAUUUAAUAAACUAGAGAGAGAUGCAUUAAAGCUGCAAA